CGCUGGAGUCCAUGCAGAGCCUGUUUGUUUGGUGAAGGGAAGGGAGGCGUCUUCUGCUCUCAGUCUUCUCUCACGAAGUUCUUCUGCAGCGCAGCUCUUGGUUCUGUGAUGAUAGUGAUGAAUAGUCACAGUGUGCUGUGAUUCCUCACGCAGGCGGGCUGCUAUGUGUGUGUCACAGAGCUAAAGAGCGAGGGGGGAGGUGAAAGUUCACCAUGGCUUGGCCAUAUCAGGUGACAAUGUGGAAAAGUUUGGCUGCCGCCUCAGAUUAAAUUUCUCAAACUCGGAGAAUGACAAGCGAACGGAAAUACAAUGAAGCGGACGGAGAAAACGAAGCGCUGUUGUUCGAUUAUUAUGACGAUGAUGAUGUUUUCGACACAUUCACUGACGGAGACUGCGGCUGUGAUGAAGGAGUGCUGGGCUUCAGUGAUCCGUUCAGCAGUGAGGUGAAACCUCGGAUCCUGCUCAUGGGCCUGAGGCGAAGCGGCAAGUCUUCCAUUCAGAAAGUUGUAUUCCACAAGAUGUCACCCAACGAGACGCUCUUCCUGGAGAGCACUAAUAAGAUUUGUCGGGAGGACGUUUCCAACAGUUCCUUCGUCAGCUUCCAAAUCUGGGACUUUCCGGGUCAGAUUGAUUUCUUCGACCCCACAUUCGACUAUGAGAUGAUAUUUCGCGGCACAGGGGCUCUCAUCUUUGUCAUAGACUCUCAGGAUGAUUAUGUGGAAGCAUUGAGUAGGCUUCACCUCACCGUGACAAGAGCCUACAAGGUCAAUCCUGACAUCAACUUCGAAGUGUUCAUCCACAAGGUGGAUGGCCUUUCAGAUGACCACAAAAUUGAGAAACAGAGGGACAUACACAAACGAGCCAAUGAUGAUCUAGCUGAUGCUGGGUUAGAAAGAAUACACUUAAGCUUCUACUUGACAAGCAUCUAUGAUCAUUCAAUCUUUGAGGCCUUCAGUAAAGUUGUGCAGAAACUCAUCCCUCAGCUUCCCACCCUUGAGAAUCUGCUCAACAUUUUCAUAUCUAACUCAGGGAUUGAAAAGGCUUUUCUCUUUGAUGUGGUCAGUAAGAUCUACAUAGCAACCGAUAGCAGCCCGGUGGACAUGCAGACCUAUGAAUUGUGCUGUGACAUGAUAGAUGUGGUUAUCGACAUCUCGUGCAUCUAUGGGUUGACUGGAGAUGAGGCAGGAGCUCCCUAUGAUAAAGAAUCUAUGGCCAUUAUCCACUUAAACAACACAACGGUCAUGUACCUAAAAGAAGUCACCAAAUUUCUUGCCUUGGUGUGUUUCAUCAGGGAAGAGAGUUUUGAGAGGAAAGGACUUAUCGACUACAAUUUCCACUGUUUCAAGAAAGCCAUAGAGGAGGUGUUUGACGUGCGCUUGAAAGUGCAGAGGAGUCGAAAGCUUCUGAGCCAGAGGAGGUGGAGCAGGCAGACUGUGCCAAACGGGACUCAGGUGCCUCCUCACUGAAGAGCACUGAAAGCUCCCUGGCCUGUUAGAGUCACUCCAGGGUGAAGGCUUCACACAGACUACGCUUGUGCUUUGAAUUUUCUUCAGGGCCAUUUCUUGCUCUUCAGCAAUCCAAAAUGGUGAUAUAGAUUCCGUUGUGCGUUAAAUAUCUUGCACAGCUAACUUAGCUGUCCAUGCAAAGUUGUAAAGUAAGCAACUUUUUUGUUGUUUUCAAUAAUAUUUUUUUACUCAAUCAAUCAACUGUGCUUCAGUUUCUGGCAAAAUAUAUGGUAAAAGCCAUUUCCAAAGUACAAGUGCAAUGCUUUUGUCGUAUUUUUACAGUAAGGCACAAACAUCUCAUUUAACUUCAAAAUGCACUGUAGAACUAAAAAGUAUUUUAUUUAAAAAAAAAAUGUAUUGCUUAAAAUUAAAAAAUAAUUCACCUCUUUAGUCCAUAGUUUUUAUUACCCCUGCAGAAGUAUUUUAUUUUUUUGCUUUGUCAUUUAUGGUUAAAUAGCUAUUCAGUUUCACAUAUUUUUUCUUUAUUUACUUAAAAUCGUAAUUUAAGUUUGUCAGCAACAUUUUCAGGGAUUAAUCGCAUCCAAAAUAAAAGUUUUUGUUAUUAUAUAUGAGUGUACUGUUUAUAGUUUAUAUGUGUAUAUAAAUGCACACAUUUAUGUAUAUAUUUAAAAAAGUGUUAUGUUUAUAACACUUAAGAAAAAAAGUGUUAUGUUUAUAUAUUAAACAUAUUUAUUUAUAAUAUAAAUUAUAUGAAUUUAAAUAUAUACAUGUAUAUGUCAUAUUUUCUAAAUAUAUACUGUAUUUGUGUGUAUAUAUAUAUAUAUAUAUAUAUAUAUAUAUAUAUAUGCAGUACACACACAUUAUUAGAAGAAAAACUUUUAUUUUGGAUAUGAUUAAUUGUUUGACAGCAGUACAUGAAAUAUUUUGCACCAAACUAACUUAGCUGUCCAUUUUUUUAUGGUUUGCGAAGAAUGCAUUUUUCUUUUCUUUUUUUAUAAUAUUUUUUUUACCUUUGAAAAAUCUCCGCUAAAAGUUUGUCACGUUUAGAGCACAAACAUUUCAGUUAUCUUCUAUAUACAUUGUAAAAUAAGAUUUAUUUUUUAAAUAAAAAAAUAAUUGCUUAACAUGAAAAAAAUAUUAUUAUUAUUUACCCCUGUAUUUGAUUUUUUGUAUAUUAUUUGAUCUCAAUUUUGCUUUUGUUUUUUUAUUUCCCUAAAAAUGUAAUUUAAGUGUGUCUGCAACAUUAAGUUAACAUACAAGCAUAUGAUUGGUUGUUUUGCAUAAACCAGUGGUUCUCAAUCAAGGAGCUGGGACCCAUAAGAGGGCCUCAGCAAACUUCUUAAAAGACUUAAAAUUAUUCAAAUGAAUUAUUAUUAUAAAACAAAUAAUAUUAAUAUUAUAAUUAAACAACUAAUGCCAUUUCAUUAUUUCCCCCCUCAAUAACUAUUGAUAGUUUCUGUUUGCAAACAAAACAUUUAAUUAAAACAUUUUUUCACAAUUAUAGCAUAAAUACUGGAGAAAAAAUAUUGUAUAUAAAAAUAUGUUGGCCAAUUCAAAAAGGUUGAGAACCACUGGCAUAUAAAGUAUACAUUUUAUGCAUAGAAAUGUAUGCUAUUUUGCAGAAUAUUUAUUUAUAUUGUUUAAAAAAAAUGUAAGUGCUUUUGAUAAAAAAAGCAUCUUUCUUUAUCACUCACAGAAUUUAUUUCACUACCACUUAACUAACUUAAUAUUCAACGUAGUUCAGAUUUCAUUAUGUCUUGUUGCCAAAAUGAUUCUUAUUCUCACAUUUAACCAAAUGCAAGAAGUGUUGAUUGAUUCACACACACUUUUCCCUUUCCAGGCCAUCCUCACUUAGCUUUUACUCCCAAGGAACAAUUAACUUCCUUGACAUCACAGGAAGUACAAGGUCCCAGCUCUGCCCUAGCGCUGAUAUCAUGUGACUGAUUUUUAGCGGUUGGUGUGUGUUGCCAGGGGUUUAAUGCAUGUGCAGUGGAGGUGUUAGAGCACCAGCCCUAAUCCCAGGGAAUACCUUUGCUUUGGCAAUGAAGGCUGAUGGGUAAAUCUCAUGAGGUCAGAGCUGCUUACGCAAGAGCUGCUCCACUCUGGAUGGACAGUAAAUCAUCUGUAGUGAAACUACAAUGUGUUAUGUAAGACAGUUCAUGUUUAGUAUUAUAAUCUCUAUCAGCGGGCCAAACACUAUUUACUCUGCAAGAGCUGGGAUGCAUCUGUGACUGAGGGCUUUUCCUUUUGUGCUCAUGUGUUAAGGCACAUGACGAAAAGAGAAGAACUUGAACUUGAAGCCCUCUGUCUUAUUGCGAAUAAAUUAGAAUUUAAUUUUAUAGCGUUCUGUUGCCAUGUCAAACUGAGUGUAAUUGAAAUCUAUCAGCCAUAGUUCUCAGUCACAACUAGUCAGCUGCUAUAGUGAACGUACCAAUCAGAAGCUGUCAUACAGGAUUAGAUUACUUCAUGACUUAAGCUGUCGCUCCACAUUAAGAAAAGGCUUUAUGGGCUCUUCACAAGGUCUUCAUUGAUUGGGUGAAAAGAGAGCAGUCUUCAUGUGAACUCAUGAUGUCAUGAAGUACACAUCAGACACAUGUCAAGUUACCCAGAUACUUCUGCUCUCACUUAUCCUAGUACACAUACAUAACUGAUGGAUUUUCAAUGUAUAUUUAAGAUGCCUAGUUUACUUUGUGUAUUGCUUUUUAUUGUGCAAACGUUAUUUUACCAAGAUUUUUUUGUUUUGUAAAACUUUUCAAUAAUUUUUCAUUUGUUAAAGGAACCGGUCACACAAUUUUUUUAUUUACUCACCCUCGGGCCAUCCAAGAUGUAGAUGAGUUUGUUUCUUCAUCGGAACAGAUUUGGAGAAAUGUAGCUUUAUGUCACUUGCUAACCAAUGGAUCCUCUGCAGUGAAUGGGUGCCGUCAGAAUGAGAGUCUAACCAGCUGAUAAAAACAUCACAAUAAUCCACAAGUAAUUUACACCACUCCGGUCUGUCAAUUAAUUUCUUGUGAAGUCAAAAGUUGCAUGUUUAAAUUACAUUAAGACAUUUUUAACUUCAAAUUGGUUAAAAUAUUAGUCCUUGCUUUCUCCAGCGAAAAAGUAAUCUGGUCUUAAUCAGGAGAGAAAUACACACAGAUCAAGCACUGUUUACAAGCAAAAAGAAGUCUAAAACAUUUCUUAACAAAUAUACUGGUGGAUUUUAAUGAGAGAGGACGAUGAGAGAUGAACUGUUUCACUGGUGUAAGUGGUAUAAUGAAUUAUAGACCAAAUUAUUUUAACCAGAAGUGAGGGGUUAAAAAUAAAAAGUUUAAAUGCUGAGUUUCUUUUGCGACUUUUCGCUGCACAAUACAUUAAUUGAUGGACUGGAGUCGUGUGGAUUUCUUUUGGACUGUGUAUUUUUAAAAGAUUUUUGAACUCUCAUUCUGACGGCACCCAUUCACUGCAGAGGAUCAAUUAGUGAGCAAUUGACAUCAUGCUAGAUUUCCCCAUUCAAGGAAAUCAUAAGGCUUUAUUGUAUCGAACAAUAAUAUGCAAUUAAAAUAUAAAUAAACAUUAAAUGAUAUUCCUAACACUUUGAAUGUCCCAAGCUCUAUCUAGGUAUAUAUUUCUUUCUUAGAAAACCACUUGCACAAUCUUAACGAACUUAUUUUUAAGUUGAUUUGAGUUUCAGAUUUUAGGUGAAAGGCAGAGAGAGCAGAUAUGGCUCAGGAGAUGAUCUGAAGUCCAGAAGAAGUCUCUUCAGUUUGAACCUCUCUUAAAAGUAAUCUUUGUUGUUGCGUAACUUUUGGCCCUGAUCACCAGCCCCAGAUUCUUUGACGAGCGAGGACAGCCCAGCAUCCAGCCUGUGUUCCUCUGACCUCGCUAUUUCCCCAACCGAAUGAAAAAGUUGGAGGAAAAACAGCAGAUCUGACUUGUGAAUUUACCUCCCGCUGACACAUGAAUAUGCAGCCUGAAUAUUAUUACUGACAAUUCAGAAGUGCAUCAUUAAAGAUAACUUAUAAUUUAGGCUCACAGCAUUCAGCAAAUCUAAGAACCAUUUCAAUUUUUCAGGAACCGAGACAAACAUUCAAUUUAAUGAUAAAUUAACAAUUUAACAAUUUAAUCAUAUUUUUUUGUGACCUAUUUUCGAGCUUCAAUUGCCACAAUUUGUUUGCAACCCUACAAAAAGGAGGUGAAUGCCGCACUAAAAAACAGUGCAAUAAUGAUUUUUUUAAUGUGAUGAAAAAACUUUAAAAGGUUUAUGUACAUUUUAAAUUACAUUUUUAUUUUCCCUUGUAUUGGCAAUGAUAACAACAGGCCUCUUUUUUACUUCAGAUUGCAUAUGUUUAAUGCCUUAAAGUUUAAUGAUAACAGAUGUUUUAUUUUUUUUAUUCUCUUUAGUUAGGCUGCAUGUCACAUGUUUCUGGAGUUCAGGAUAAAUAUCAGAACAGUAAUCAUUCAUGUGGAACAAAUAACAAGCUCAGAUGUCACGUGGGCUUUUCUUCUGUGAAUCGUUACAAAUAGCACAUCCUAUCAAAGAUUGCUUGUCUGUAUUCAACCUUCAAUACUGAACAAUUUUUUGAUGUUUAUCACCUUGGAACUGAUUUUUUUUUAGGCAACGUUAUAAAAGCUCACAUAAAAACGUAUGUCCAGAUUUCUGCACAUAACAUUUUCUCUAAACCUACAAUAAGUGUCCUUGGCUCUGUAAAUUGCAGCAGUGGUCUUACUAAAACACUUUGCAGAGUUAUAGAUUUUUUAUUAUUUCAGAUUUUUUAUUAAUAUUCGGAAUUUCAAACGUUUGAAUGCACUAUUCACUCUAAAAAAUAUCUACAUUACAUUUAUUCAUGCAACUGAGCAAGCAGCAAGUCCAAGAUUGCCUAUAAUUAAGCAGUGCUUGCUGGUGUGAUUACCUUCACGUAAAUGUUUUCAUAAUAAAUAUAUAAUCUCAAUAUACUGGGCUUCAAUGUACUUUAAAACUGACUGUUUGCUUGACUUGAUUUGGAAGUUAUCAUGAAUUGAUAAUUAACCAUAGUAUUCAUUAAUAGUUUCAGAACUGGUAUAUCUUUGGUCUUCGUUGGAUUAUGCUGAGGUUGCAGGCAUUUCCCACAUAUUUAAUAUCUAUUAUCGCUCCAAUGUUUGAUUUGUGAUUAGAAUAAUCUUUGAGGCAAGGACCUUUUAUGUUGUGAGAAUCGUGAAAUUCAAAUAUUUUUGUAUAAUUGACUGAUAUGCCAGUCAACUGAUUUUCAUAUCUUUUUUAUCUUAAGGUCUUUUUUCCCCACAUAAAAUAAUUUCACCUCAAAUCAAUAUUUUAUGUCGCUCAUUUAUUUACUGUAUUUCAAGUAUGAGAAGUCAUAGCAAAAUGAAUAUUACAAUAAUUUUUCAUGGCUCUCUGGAAUUUAUGAUUCUGAUUAGCUGAAGGCAAUCAAAUAUUUUUACAUAACUGACUGUUGACUAAGUCAACUGAUUGUCUGUAUAGCAAAUUUCAUAUCUCUGAUCACCCUAUGGCCUUUCUUACAUAAUAAAAUAAUUUCAACUCAAA